UUAAAACGACGUCGUAGGAGUGCUCUUUCCAUAUAAAUCCCGAACCUGAGAGAUCGAGUCCCUCUCGUCUCUGCAACGCCGUCGACUCUGCUCACCGUCACCAGGUAGAAAAUGCCUAAGGUAAAGACUAAUCGAGUCAACUACCCAGAAGGCUGGGAACUGAUCGAGCCUACUCUUCGCGAACUGCAAGCAAAGAUGAGAGAAGCUGAGAAUGAUACUCAUGAUGGUAAGAGGAAAUGUGAAACCUUAUGGCCUAUUUUCAAAAUUGCGCAUCAAAAGAGCCGUUACAUUUUUGACCUUUACCAUCGGAGAAAAGAAAUUUCCAAGGAAUUGUAUGAGUUCUGCCUGGACCAAGGUUAUGCAGACCGCAAUCUAAUUGCUAAGUGGAAGAAGCCUGGUUAUGAACGUCUCUGCUGUUUGAGGUGCAUGCAGCCUCGGGAUCACAACUUUGCCACCACAUGUGUCUGCCGAGUGCCCAAGCAUCUGAGAGAGGAGAAGGUUAUAGAGUGCGUGCAUUGUGGCUGCAGGGGCUGUGCCAGUGGAGAUUGAUUACUGGUCUCUUAUUCAACCUUGAAUGCUUUGCGUAGAUUAUCCUUUGUACCAUGUAUAGAGACUGUACCCCUUUAACUGACCUUGAACCUUCUCAAGCUGGGACUUAUAAUAGUAUGUCUUCUCUUGCAAGAACAAAUUGUUGUGAUUUUAACCAACUGCAACUUGAAAGCUAAAAGAAAGCAUGCUUUAGUAUAUGCAUUAUUUGAUUUUGUUUUUCA